CCGGGAGGGGCGGGACGGGCCGGAGGUGGUGCCUCAGCCCUGGGCUGGGGCUGACUACGUUACCCGGAGAGUUAGGUAAACAACGCCGGGGCGCUUCUCUGGGAGCAGACUCUUCCCAGGGGUGAACCAUGAUCACAUUCAUGAAUUCAGACAGUGAAGAGGAAGUCUGCAAUGAGAGGACGUCCCUGAUGUCAACAGAGAGCCCCCCAGCACGGUCUUAUCAUGAAGGGAUCUGUACAGAAGAACGGGACAAGGAGAUCCAAGAGAAACGCCAAGGCAGUCUAUGUAACCAUGGCAAUGCCGACCAGUGUACCCCCGACAGCAGGGGCUCAUCGAGAAGCAGCAGCCUGGAGGAGGAUGAAGAGGAAGAAGAGCUAACACUCAAAUAUGGGGCAAAGCACGUGAUCAUGCUCUUUGUGCCGGUUACUCUCUGCAUGGUGGUCGUCGUGGCAACCAUUAAGUCAGUCCGCUUCUAUACAGAGAAGAAUGGACAGCUCAUCUACACACCCUUUACAGAAGAUACCCCUUCUAUUGGUCAACGCUUGCUCAACUCGGUGCUAAACACCCUCAUCAUGAUCAGUGUCAUUGUGGUCAUGACGAUAUUCCUGGUUGUGCUAUACAAGCAUCGCUGCUACAAGUUUAUCCAUGGCUGGUUGAUCCUGUCUUCUCUGAUGCUGCUCUUCCUCUUCACCUACAUUUAUCUUGGGGAAGUGCUCAAGACUUACAAUGUGGCUAUGGAUUACCCAACCCUUUUCUUGGUCAUCUGGAACUUUGGGGCAGUGGGAAUGAUCUGUAUCCACUGGAAAGGUCCCCUGGUGCUGCAGCAGGCCUACCUCAUCAUGAUCAGUGCUCUCAUGGCCUUGGUCUUCAUCAAGUACCUCCCAGAAUGGUCAGCCUGGGUCAUCCUGGGAGCCAUCUCUGUGUAUGAUCUUGUGGCUGUGUUGUGUCCUAAAGGGCCCUUGAGGAUGCUUGUAGAAACUGCUCAGGAAAGAAAUGAACCUAUAUUUCCUGCACUCAUAUAUUCAUCUGCCAUGGUAUGGACUGUUGGCAUGGCAAAAGUGGAUACACCAACAAAGGGAGCCCUCCCCAAGGACCAAGAGCAAGAUGAAGACUCAAGUGACACUUCUGGGGACCACUCUUACUCUGAAACCUACGACUCUCCGAGGUGCACCCCACUCCAUGUGCCUUCCUAUGCAGUGGAGGAGCUGGAAGAAGAGGAGGAAAGGGGAGUGAAGCUGGGCCUGGGAGACUUCAUUUUCUACAGUGUUCUUGUGGGCAAAGCAGCAGCCACGGCCAGUGGGGACUGGAACACCACACUAGCCUGCUUUGUCGCCAUUCUCAUCGGUCUGUGUUUGACACUCUUGCUGCUGGCCGUGUUCAAGAAGGCCUUGCCUGCCCUGCCCAUCUCCAUCACCUUCGGUCUCAUCUUCUACUUUUCCACUGACAACCUUGUGAGGCCUUUCAUGGAUACCCUGGCAUCCCACCAGUUGUACAUUUAGAACAAAGCUUAGCUGCUACUGUCUGGAAACUAGGAAAUUCCAAGUCUAUGAAGUCAUAUAGUUUUACGCAUUAGUGCCAUAUAUUUUUUAAAACUUUUUUUUAAAUAAGUUGACACACAGAAAAAGUAUUAUAUAGUUACUUUGUGAGAUUGAACAUCAGUGCAAUAGAUUAGAACAAGGUCCAGGAUCUGGGUUCAAGUCCUGGCACCACUAUUAUCUAGCCAUGUGACUUUGAGCCUCUGUUUCCUCAUCUGUAAAUUGAGGCAGUUGGACUAAACGAUCUCUAAGUCCCUUCUGAUUCACACAUGAUGUAGGUGUCUGUAAUUCAGCCAUUCAGCCUUUAUGGUCCUACGCUCCCUCUACUGGAAACUCAGGAGUUCACUUAAGUUAACUGAAAAAAGAGUUCACUAAAUGUGGCUGUAGUCAGAAGGGGAUGGAGAUUGACACCUGCUUAUAGACUCAGUGGAAUUUCAUGGAAGGGUGACAUAUUUGAAGUCCAUGAAUGUUCUCAGGAAACGAGAUCAAGGGACUGGCCUUACACACUCAGAUCAAGGAAGGCCCAUUUUUCAGGAAGGAGUGUUCACAAGGUUUUAUCAAUGAUGUUAUUUUUAUUACCUGUUGGAAAGGAAGUCCAAUUCUUGUAACAUUUCAGAUGACUAAAUGCUGGGAAGUGGCUUGUUGGCCAUUGUGACUUAAUACUAAUAAACUUUCUUAGAUUAA